AGAGAGGGCUCCGGCGCCAGAGUCACACACACUCAGCUGAAUAGCGGGACUGUUCUCUUUCCCAAGCGGAGCCUCAUAUCUGUGUCUGUGUUUCCCGGCUCUCCGCUCAUGUGGACGUUUCCUCUCUGUCUCUCCCUCUCGAAACACUUGAUCCAGCAAUCCCAACCGCGCACACCACUAGACCACACCAAAAGCCCCGCUCAACUAACGGGACAGAAGCAGUAGCGAUGGUCGGCUUUAGGACACUGUUCCCGGGACUGCUGCUGCUGCUCGCUGGGCUGCCGGGGGGAGAAGCACGGGGACGGGAGAGGGUGUAUUACGUGGGAAUCAAAGAGAUCAACUGGGACUACGCUCCGACUGGCAUGAACCUCAUCAACGGGAAACAAAUAGCGGACGAUGAGCAUGCUUCAUUGUUCCUCCAGAGUGGUCCCCAGCGUAUUGGCAGUGUGUAUAAGAAGGCUGUGUACAGGCAGUACACGGAUGCCUCCUACCUCAUCGAGGCCCCCCGGCCCGGCUGGCUGGGUUACCUGGGGCCUGUGCUGCGGGCAGAGGUUGAUGAUGUCAUCAUUGUGCACUUGAAGAACUUUGCCUCCAGAAACUACUCCAUGCACCCUCAUGGGGUCUUCUACGAGAAGGACUCAGAGGGGGCGCUGUAUCCAGACGGUACAUCAGACAGACUGAAGCAGGAUGACAGUGUUGGCCCCGGGGCCAGCUAUACGUACCGCUGGGAGGUGCGUCCUGAGUUCUCCCCUACAGAGGGAGACGCAGCCUGUCUGACCUGGGUAUACCACUCACAUGUAGAGGCUCCUAGAGAUAUCACUUCUGGACUCAUAGGAGCUCUGCUCACCUGCAAGAAAGGUAUCCUGACACAGGAGGGUCGUGUAGAUGUAGACAGAGACGUUGUUCUGAUGUUCAACGUGGUGGAUGAGUCUAUGAGCUGGUACCAGGAACACAACAUCCAGACCUUCUGUUCUGACCCCGCCUCCGUCGACCCUGAUGACCCAGACUUCCAGGAGUCCAACAUGAUGCAUGCCAUAAAUGGGUAUAUGUAUGGCAACCUGCUUGACAUGAAGCUGUGUCAGGGGCGCAGGGUGGCAUGGCACCUGUUUGGGAUGGGCAACGAGGUGGACAUACACUCCGCAUACUUCCAGGGCAACACCCUAUUGGACCGUGGUCACCGUGCCGACACACUCAGCCUGUUCCCGGCAACCUUCGUCACCGCGGCGAUGGUUCCCUUGGCGACCGGGAAAUGGCUGCUGAGCUGUCAGGUCAACGACCAUCUACAGGCCGGUAUGCAGGCUCUGUAUGAGGUGGUAUCCUGUGAUGAUGAUGUCAGCCCCUCAGCAGCCCCCCCUGCUGGCCCAGUCAGGAAGUACUACCUUGCAGCAGAGACCAUUACCUGGGACUAUGCUCCUACUGGGAUGGAUACACACACCAACCUCUCCCUCACACUGCCCGACAGUCCCUCUGAGGUGUUCUUCGGUAGUGGUGAUGGCAGGAUAGGCGGCCGCUAUAUGAAGGUGGUGUAUCGGGGCUACACAGACGACACCUUCACUACCAGACAACCUCUGACCCCUGAAACACAACACCUGGGAAUACUGGGCCCGGUGCUGAGGGCUGAGGUAGGGGACAUCCUACAGGUGGUGUUUCUGAACAAGGCAGACAGGAACUACAGUAUCCAGCCUCACGGCCUCCACUUCGACAAACAAUACCAGGGAACCAGUUACCAAGACGGUGUAGAGAAGCCAGGCUCAGCUGUGUCUCCAGGCUCCAGGUUCACCUAUACCUGGAAGGUGUUGGAUGGUCCCUCCCUCUCUGACCCUCCCUGUUUGUCCUACCUGUACUACUCUGGCUCCUCCCCUGUAGAGGACACCAACGCAGGCCUGUCCGGACCAUUACUGGUCUGUAGGCCUGGAGCACUGGGGGACCACGGCAAGCAGAGGAACGUGGACAGGGAGUUGUUCCUGCUGUUCUCUGUCAUGGAUGAGAACCUGAGCUGGUACCUUCAGAGAAACAUAGAGACCUAUGGAUCGGACCAGUCAGACCCAGACAACCAAGACUUUCAGGAGAGCAACAAUAUGCACGCGGUGAAUGGCUUCAUGUACGGAAACCUUCCAGGCCUGGAUAUGUGUUCCGGGGACAGGGUUUGGUACACCUUUGGGCUGGGUACGGAGGUGGAUAUCCAUGGGGUGUACUGAGGGAACACCUUCCAGAGACACGGUACUACCAGAGAUACACUCAGCCUGUUCCCCCACACCACCGCUGCAGUCAGCAUGCUGCCACACACACCUGGUGUAUUUGAGGUGAGCUGCAGAGUGACUGACCACUAUAAUGGAGGGAUGAGACAGCAGUACUCUGUGAAGCCCUGCUCACCCGAGCAGCGUGAACACACACACGCCCGUGCCUCGUCCGUGGUUCGCUACUACAUCAGCGCAGAGGAGGUGGAGUGGGACUACUCACCUAACCGGGCCUGGGAACUGGAGAAACAUCACGCUACAGAGGAGGACAGUCCAGGCAGUAUAUUCGUGGGCAGAGAGAAUCGUAUUGGUCCACGCUAUAAGAAGGCGGUGUAUAGACAGUACACUGAUGACACCUUCAGGACACAGACGGAACUGCAACCUGAACAACUGCACCUCGGCAUUCUGGGUCCUAUCAUCAGGGUGGAGGUGGGAGAGGAGGUUCUGAUCACCUUUAAGAACAGAGCCAGCCGUCCGUACUCUAUACACGCUCACGGAGUGGUCACUACCGACACACACACACCUGUCCAGCCAGGAUACAUGACAGAGUUCAGAUGGGAGGUCCCAGAGAAAUCUGGUCCAGGAGUCUCUGAUCCUAACUGUAUCUCCUACGCGUACUACUCUACUGUUGACUUCGUCAAGGACGUGUUCAGCGGUCUCUUGGGUCCCCUGGUGGUCUGCAGACAGGGAGUACUGCAGCGUGGAGCUGAGGAGGGGACGAGGAAGAGGAGGGACGUGGAGAGGGAGUUUGCUCUGCUCUUCAUGGUGUUUGAUGAGAAUGAGUCCUGGUACCUGGAAGACAACAUCAGAACUUACCUCCACACUGACCCCAGUAACUUCACCGUGGACGACAACUUUAUAGAGAGCAACAAGAUGCACGGUAUAAAUGGUAAGCUGUAUGGAAACCUUCAUGGUCUGACCAUGUCUAAUGGCCAGACAGUGGACUGGUAUCUACUAGGGAUGGGCAACGAGGUCGACAUUCACACUGUCCACUUCCACGCUGAGACCUUCACUUAUAAAAUGGACAGUGUGCACCGCGCGGAUGUGUUUGACCUGUUCCCGGGGACGUUUCAGACGGUCCAGAUGACUGCAGGGAACCCUGGGACAUGGCUGUUGCACUGCCACGUUGCCGACCACAUCCACGCUGGAAUGGAGACUACUUUCACCAUCACGGAGAAAACAUCACAUGCACCUGGUAUUGGAGGUUCCAUCUCCACUCUGCUACUGCCACUAUUACUGACCCUUCUCCACUAGACUACUCUGUGUGUGUGUGUGUGUGUGUGUGUGUGUGUGUGUGUGUGUGUGUGUGUGUGUGUGUGUGUGUGUGUGUGUGUGUGCAUACAUACGUGUGCGUGUGUUCAUAAUGCAUUAUCAGUCAAUGUAAUCAGCUAUCAAACCAAUCAGUCCUACAAUAGAUAAAAUGAUGAUGAUUGACAGAUCCAUACUACACAGCUUCACCAUCCAGUCAUCCCAUGUUACAGCUUUAUCAUAGAAUUAGGAAGUAGAAUCCUAGAAUGGACAUGAACCUUCUUAUGAUGGCAUAAAAGGUCAGCCAUGUUGGUCAGGGAGAUGAUCAACCGUGGUUUGCCAGUGCUGUUAUAAUUUGUAAAGCAAUGAAUUUGAAGAAUUCGCAUUGUACACAGUGCAUUCGGAAAGUAUUCAGACCCCUUGACUUUUUUCCACCAAAACAUUUUUACGUUACAGACUUGUUCUUAAGUUGUUUAAAUUGUUUUUUUCUUUCCCCUCAUUAAUCUAUCAACACAUUGCCUCAUAAUGACAAAGCAAAAUCUGUUUUUUAGGAAUGUUUGCAAAUGUAAAUAAAAGAAUACAUACAUUUCACAUUUAUACAUUUAUAUAAGUAUUCAGACCCUUUUACUCAGUACUUUUUUGAAGCACUUUUGGCAGCGAUUACAGCCUUAAGUCUUCUUGGGAAUGACUCUACAAGCUUGGCACACCUGUAUUUGGGGAGUUUCUCCCAUUCUUCUCUGCAGAUCCUCUCAAACUCUGUCAGGUUGGAUGGGGAGCGUCGCUGCACAGCUAUUUUCAGAUGUUUGAUCGUGUUCAAGUCCGGGCUCUAGCUGGCCCACUCAAGGACAUCCAGAAACUUGUCCCGAAGCAACUCCUGCUUCUUGGCUGUGUGCUUCGGGUCGUUGUCCUGUUGGAAGGUGAACCUUCGCCCCAGUCUGAAGUCCUGAGUGCUCUGGAGCAGGUUUUCAUCAAGGAUCUCUGUACUUUUCUUCGUUAAUCAUUCCCUCGAUCCUGACUAGUCUCCCAGUCCCUGUUGCUGAAAAACAUCCACUCAGCAUGAUGCUGCCUCCACCAUGCUUCACCGUAGGGAUGGUGCCAGGUUUCCUACAGACGUGACGCUUGGCAUUCAGGCCAAAGAGUUCAAUCUUGGUUGCAUCAGACCAGAGAAUCUUGUUUCUUUAGUCCUUCAACUGCCUUUUGGCAAACUCCAACUCUGUCUGGCCACUCUAUCAUAAAGGCCUGAUUGGCGGAGUGCUGCAGAGAUGGUUGUCCUUCUGGCCACUUAACCAUAAAGGCCUGAUUGGUGGAGUGCUGCAGAGAUGGUUAUCCUUCUGGCCACUUAACCAUAAAGGCCUGAUUGGUGGAGUGCUGCAGAGAUGGUUGUCCUUCUGGAAGGUUCUGCCAUCGCCACAGAGGAACUCUGGAGAUCUGUCAGAGUGACCAUCAGGUUCUCGGUCACCUCCCUGACCAAGGCUCUUCUCCCCCCAUUGCUCAGUUUGGCCGGGCGGCCAGCUCAAGGAAGAGUCUUGGUGGUUCCAAACUUCUUCCAUUUGAGAAUGAUGGAGGCCACUGUGUUCUUGGGGACCUUCAAUGUUUUGGUACCCUUCCCCAGAUCUGUGCCUCGACACAAUCCUGUCUUGUAGCUCUACGGACAAUUCCUUCGACCUCGUGGCUUGGUUUUUGCUCUGACAUGCAUUGUCAACUGUGGGACCUUAUAUAGACAGGUGUGUGACUUUCCAAAUCAUGUCCAAUCAAUUGAAUUUACCACAGGUGUACUCCAAUCAAGUUGUAGAAACAUCUCAAGGAUGAUCAAUGGAAACAGAAUGGACCUGAGCUCAAUUCCGAGUCUCAUAGCAAAGGGUCUGAAUACUAAUGUAAAUAAUAUUAAUAUUAAUAAUAAUAAUAAUAAUAAUAAUAAUAUUUGCAAACACCUAAAAACCUUUAUCAAUUUUAGAAUAGGGCUGUAAUGUAAAAUGAAAUUGGAAAAAGUGAAAGGGUCUGAAUACUUUCUGAAUGCACUGCAUUUGUUAGCUCGCUAGCUAUUCAGUUGUACAGGAAUGAUUCCAUUAACUGUAUGUGUUAGCGCGCUAGCUAUUCAGUUGUACAGGAAUGAUUCCAUUAACUGUAUGUGUUAGCGGGCUAGCUAGCCAGUUGUACAGGAAUGAUUCCAUUAACUGUAUGUGUUAGCGCGCUAGCUAUUCAGUUGUACAGGAAUGAUUCCAUUAACUGUAUGUGUUAGCGCGCUAGCUAUUCAGUUGUACAGGAAUGAUUCCAUUAACUGUAUGUGUUAGCGGGCUAGCUAGCCAGUUGUACAGGAAUGAUUCCAUUAACUGUAUGUGUUAGCGCGCUAGCUAUUCAGUUGUACAGGAAUGAUUCCAUUAACUGUAUGUGUUAGCAGGCUAGCUAUUCAGUUGUACAGGAAUGAUUCCAUUAACUGUAUGUGUUAGCGCGCUAGCUAUUCAGUUGUACAGGAAUGAUUCCAUUAACUGUAUGUGUUAGCGGGCUAGCUAGCCAGUUGUACAGGAAUGAUUCCAUUAACUGUAUGUGUUAGCGUGCUAGCUAUUCAGUUGUACAGGAAUGAUUCCAUUAACUGUAUGUGUUAGUGCGCUAGCUAGCCAGUUGUACAGGAAUGAUUCCAUUAACUG